CGUGGUUUCAUAACUUCUCCCAAAUGGUGUUUAGGCUUUUAUGCGUUGUCCGAGCAUUUUAAAAAGAAACUAUACUCUCUUUUAGUAGACAUCGAGAUCUCCUGCAACCACAAACUCUCAUUUGAGUAACGUGACUCACUCAAAGCCAUCUUCUUCUAUAAAUAGAACGAGAGAAACCCACUUCAAACACCAAACCAAAUACCUUCCUCUUCUUUCUCUGAAAACUCCAACUUAGAGAGUAGAGAGACAAUGAAGUGUUCUUUUACAAAACCAGUGCUGUUCGCUUGUGCAAUCCUUCUCAUUCUCAUUGUUGCUCAAGAGAACAGAGUCGCUGCGGUAGAGCCAUGUGAUCCAAUGCAGCUGAGUCCAUGCUUGGACACCAUAAGGAAAGGGUCUAAGCCAUCGGAUCAGUGUUGCAAGAAGGUGAAGGAGCAACAGCACUGUGUUUGCCAGUACUUGGAGAACCCUAACUUCAAAUCUUUCCUUAACUCACCCAACGCCAAAAAGAUCGCCACUGAUUGUCAUUGCCCAUAUCCCAAGUGCUAGUCCAAGUAUUUUAUGUUGUCAUUUUCGAUGUUCUGUUUCUUUGCUUUCAAGACCCAAGAAAGGGUGUUCCCUUUUGGGUCAUCAUUGUGGGUUUGUAUUGGUCAAUAAGUUAAACACAUCAUCAUGGAUGGUUUUUUCUCUACUUCAAGUUUCUUACUUCACGACUUUUCCAAUCUCAAUGAUAAUAUUACACAAGUAGACAGUCUCUAAAUAUUCCAAUCUCCCUAAAUGUGGAUGCAUUUUUUUUUGUCACGUUUGGCCAAAUUAAUCGGUCCUAUCUUUUAAUUGAACUCCUCCUCUAUGAUUAAAUUGAUCAUAACAGGUGGAAUUUAUUACGUUAACCGACCUGGUUUAAACUGAACCAGAUAAUAUUCCCAAAACCGGCCAAUGGUUUAUUGGCUUUAUUAUUCUGUUUAGCCCUCUCGUCGUCGUCUUGUCCCGCCGAUCACGAAAUCGAGAAUCGUUUCUCUCAACUCAGUCUCAAGAUCUUAGAUCUUAGAUCUCGACGCCGUUCGUUGUCCCCGUCGCUUAAUCGAGUAUGAAUCGGGAAGCAGCUGAAACAGCGAGGGAGUCGUUGGAGCUGGUGUUUAGGAUGUCGAACAUAUUGGAGACGGGGCUGGAUCGACAUACUUUGUCAGUUCUCAUUGCUCUUUGCGAUAUUGGUCUUAACCCUGAGGCUCUCGCUACUCUCGUCAAGGAGCUUCGUAGGGAUACUACUACUCCUACAACUACAACUACGCUAGAUUAAACAAGAUUAGAUAAUCAAAUGUCAUUUAGAUAAUCAAUUGUUAAGCUUCGAUUUCAUUUUGCCAUUGCUUGUGUAAAUUAGGAUUCGUUAGGUGAAUGUUUCUUCUUGUGUGCUUAAGAGACAAUGACAUAAUAAUCAUCUUCUUUCAUUUUAAGG